AUGGCUUCGAAAUCCUCUGUUCCAGUUCCCUUCUCGGAUCCAGCAUGGCUGCGCGGGCUCCCAUCGCCAUACUACAACGAGUCGCAUCGCGCCUGGCAAAAGACAUGCCGCAACUUUAUGGAGAAACAUGUUACACCGUACGCCCUAGAAUGGGAGGAAUCUGGCGAAGUCCCAGAAUCUGUCUUCGAGAUCUUCUCCAAGAGCAACAUGCUGAUUCCUAAUAUCCCUGCGCCGCUGCCAAUCAAGUUGCUGCAUAGUCUCGGGAUCCACGAACUGCCUGGUGGUCUCAAGGUGGAAGAUUUCGACUACUUUCACUUCUCCAUCUACGUCAAUGAAAUGCGCCGCGUGGGAGUGCAAGGCAUCCAAUCGUCUCUGAUCACCGGUAUGGCGUACGGAUUGCCGCCCUUACUCGCUUAUGCUAGCCCUGAGCUGCAGCAGCGAUUCGUGCCACAGGUCAUUAAAGGAGAGAAGCGCAUGUGCAUUGCAAUUACAGAACCCGAAGCCGGUAGCGAUGUUGCUGGUAUCACGACUACGGCAGUCAAAAGCCACUGUGGUCGAUUCUAUAUUGUCAACGGAACCAAGAAAUGGAUCACAAACGGCCUCUGGUCACACUAUGCAACCACAGCCGUGCGUACGGGUGGACCUGGACCCGGGGGGUUGUCCCUACUGGUUGUCCCUCUCCUAGACCAUCCGGGCGUUUCCAUGCGCCGGCUGAAGACCACUGGUGGAAGUACGAGUGGAUCGACAUACAUUGAGCUUGAUGAUGUAAAAGUCCCCGUGGAAAACUUGAUUGGAGAGGAAGGUGGAGGCAUGAAGAUGAUUAUGCGAAACUUCAACCAUGAGAGACUUACCAUUUGUUUGGGAAGUGCCAGAACAGCACGUGUCGCCAUCUCCGCGGCCUUUGCAUAUGUCCUUAAGCGCGAAGCCUUUGGAAAGCCCCUCAUGGACCAAGCCGUCGUCCGCCACCGUUUGGCCAAAUGCGGUGCUGAAGUGGAAGAAUUGUCCAGUUGGCUCGAUGAGAUUGUAUAUCUCAUGUCGAAGCUGGAUAAGCAACAGGCCAAUCGCGAACUUGGCGGCGUAUUGGCGCUAGCAAAGGCUAGAUCUGGUGCUAUUCUGGACGAAUCCAGUCGAUGUGCCGUGCUCCUCUUUGGCGGAAACGGCUUGACGCGGUCUGGUCAGGGCGAACUGGUGGAGAAGAUUUAUCGAGAUAUACCAUCAGCCAGGAUCCCAGGUGGUAGUGAGGACGUCAUGUUUGAUUUGGGCAUUCGCCAACUGGUGAAGAAUUACAGAGAGGACUUAAAACACGCGGCAGGCUCCAAGCUGUGA